UGAGACAGACCAGGAAACACUUUGUUGUUCUUCCUCAUUAACGAGAGACAACAGACUCAAAAACAGACGAUCAGAUUCAAUUACAGACCAAACUAACAACUUCCUCUGAGUGAGUUCAGCUUCAGGGGAGUAAAGUGGAAAACUACAACACUGCUGCUUCAACCUGCAGACGCUCCACUGCAUCUUCACUCAGUGACUAAAUGGCUUCCAGAUCAGAGAAGGAUUUCAGCUGUCCGGUCUGUUGUGACAUCUUUAGAAACCCUGUUGUUCUGUCAUGUAGCCACAGCUUCUGUAAAGACUGUCUGAAGACAUGGUGGAGAGUGAAACCAUCACGUGAGUGUCCAAUUUGUAAGAGAGUAUCAUCAAUGUCUGAACCUCCUGUUAGUCUGGUGUUAAAGAAUCUGUGUGAGGCCUUCUCGUUGGAAAGAGAACAGAGAUCUUCAGAGGCUCUCUGCAGUCUGCACUCUGAGAGACUCAAACUCUUCUGUCUGGACCAUCAGCAGCCAGUGUGUCUCAUCUGCAGAGACUCAGAAAAACACUCCAACCACAGAUUCAGACCCAUCGAUGAAGUUGCACAACAACCCAAGAAGGAACUUCAGGAAACUCUGGAGCCCUUAAAGGAGAUGUUAAAGAUUUUGAAACAAGUUAAAGGAAAAUUUGAUAAAACAGCAGAACACAUUAAGGUCCAGGCCCGACGCACAGAGAGGCAGAUUAAAGAGCAGUUUAAGAAGUUUCACCAGUUUCUAGAACGGGAAGAAGGGGCCAGGUUGGAUGCACUCAGGAAGGAAGAUGAGCAGAAGAGUCGGAUGAUGAAGGAGAAGAUGGAGCCUCUGAGCAGAGAGAUAGCAGCUCUUUCUGACACAGUCAGAGCCACAGAGGAGUUGCUGAAAGCUGAAGACGCCAUGUUUCUGAUCAACUACAAGGCUCCAGUGGAAAGAGUCCAGCAGCGCCCCCUGCUGGAGGAUCCACAGCUGCUCCCCGGAGAUCUGAUAGACGAGGCCAAACACCUGGGCAACCUGACCUUCAACAUCUGGAACAAGAUGAAGGACAUGGUCUCCUACAGUCCUUUGAUUCUGGACCCAAACACUGUUUAUCCAAGACUCAGCCUGUCUGAAGAUCUGACCUGUGUGAGAGUAGGAGAGGAACAGCAGCUUCCUGAUAAUCCAGAGAGGUUUGAUUCUUACUACUCUGUUCUGGGCUCUGAGGGCUUUAACUCAGGGACUCACAGCUGGGAUGUUGAGGUUGGAGACAGUACAGGCUGGUGUCUGGGUGUGUUAGCAGAGUCUGUCCAGAGGAAGGGACGUAUACAGUCUGGAUUAUGGAGAAUUCGGUUCUAUGGUGGUAAAUAUUCAGCAGGCUCACCAUCAGCUCCACCAACUGAUCUCUUAGUGUGGCAGAAGCUCCGGAGGAUCAGAGUGGAUCUUGACUGCAACAGAGGAAUGCUGUCAUUCUCUGAUCUUGACACUAACUCACAAAUACACACCUUUAUGCACACUUUCACUGAGAGGCUAUUUCCAUACAUUUUCACUGUGGAUAAACUCCAACUGAAGAUAUCACCACUGAAGGUCUGUGUGACAGUGGGACAGAGUGGUUAGAGAUAAAGAGGAUCAUUAUAUUUGAUGUUUAUUUAGUCCACAUGAAAUGAACUGGGUUCACAAUAUGACUUUCUGCUGAUUUAGUUUUACCAAAUGAGAGUGAUUGAAAGUACUGUGUGAAAAUACUGAAUCAUCCUCAGACUUAGAGUUUGAGCUCAUUGAUAAAAUCCUGCAUGGACAUUGUUACUCCUGACAACAGGUUGACCUUAAUGUAUUAGACGAAGAUGGUACAAUAUUAUGAUAUGCAGUUUUGUUAAAGAAAUGGCAAAUAAUGCAUAUAAAAAACAAAAUAUAUACAUAUAUAUGUUAUGUAAUAUUUACAUCAGCAUCUGUUGAGCAGAAUGAUGUGUCUGACAGGAUGUUUUUAUUUUCAUCCACUGAAGGAGGAAAGUUUUUUCUUCUGUUUGAAUUGAAUAUGUGUAGCUAUGAGUAUGUAUCACAACUAGUUGGAGUGAACAUGUACUGACUAGUAAAACCAGUAAAGAUAAAUUACCUGUUGUACUUGUUUUGUAUUUGUUUUGGAAAUUAUGAUCACACAUACUCACUGUGAGAUUAAUGUUUUCAUGUAUUGCCCAGCCACAUUGGAGACUCAGUUAAAUAAAUUUGAUGGAUGCCACACA